UAGGAAAGAUAAUGAGGUGAUUUAACCUUGUUUCGUCCCUACCGCCCAAUCCCAACUCGGGGUGCAGACGGGGCAUUUUUCCUCGCCGUUUUUCGGACGGCAAGACCAAAGACUAUGACCUCUUCUUAGUCUCCUCCCCCCCAUUCCACGCAGAUACAAAUUUAAUGGUUCCAAUUCACCUUCUUCCUCCACCCAUCUUUAUAUCUCUUUCUGAGAAUUAUCUGCUGUAUCAUGGGGAUACCACUGAUGUGCAGACUUUUACGUCCCUCUCGCCCAAACGCAACUCUGGGUGCGGAUUGGGACAUUCUUCCUUGCCGUUUUCCUGACGGCAAGACCAAGGACUGUGACCUCUUCUUAGUCUCCUCUCUCCCAUUCCGCUCAGAUCCAAACACAUUGGUUCCAAUUCACCCUCUUCCUCCGCCCAUCUCUGUAUUUCCUUCUGCGAUUCGGGUUUUCCAUCUUUCUACGAGGUGUUCCAGGAUGGCGAACACUGGCACCGACGACCAUCACGAGGAGUCUAGCCCUCUAUUGAGCAAGCAGGUUGAAGAAGAUGGGAGUAAAGGGAGUUACAACGACAAGGACAAUCAGCCCAAGGAGGGGAAAGUAGAUGCAGCGCCCGAUUUGCUUGAUGUUUCAGUGGGAGUUGGGUAUGGUUGGACCGCCGAAGGGCUGCCGUUGGAUCACGGGAACGUGGUGGGCGAGCCGAUGGCUCGGCGGCAGUGGGAUUCCAGCCUCUUCGCUUGUCUUGGCCGUAACGACGAGUUUUGCAGCAGCGAUCUAGAAGUUUGUCUCCUGGGAAGCAUGGCUCCGUGUGUGCUGUAUGGAAGCAAUGCUGAAAGACUUCUAUCUGGUCCUGGGAAAUUUGCAAAUCACUGCUUGCCAUACUGUUGUCUGUACCUGAUUGGUAAGUCUUUCUUUGGCUGCAAUGUCCUCGCACCAUGGUUUUCAUAUCCUAGCCGUACCGCAAUGAGGCGGAAGUUUAACCUAGAGGGCAGCUGCGAGGCACUUAGUAGGUCGUGUGGCUGCUGUGGUAGCUGUUUGGAAGAUGACGUGCAACGUGAACAGUGUGAAUCAGCUUGUGACUUCGCAACCCAUUUCUUCUGCCAUCCAUGUGCUCUUUGCCAGGAAGGACGUGAGAUUCGCCGAAGGAUUCCUCAUCCUGGGUUUAAUGCUCAGCCUGUUCUGGUCAUGAUUCCUCCUGGGGAGCAGACCAUGGGCCUAGGAGCCUGAUUGCAUCUGCUUCAAGUCUGCCUGCUGAUGAAACAGCUUUACCCUGUGUGUUGUUAUCAAUGCUAUAUAAUGCCCUAGAAUGAUUGUUGAAACUUUAUUUCUAACCUAAAAAAAUGGUUAAACUUUACUAUUAUCAUCUAUACUUACCAUCAGAGAGUGGAUGCUUGGUGUUGUCAAUCAAGCGAAAAUAUGAUGUAUGAGAAAAAAUAAAAAAUAAAAACAUUCUGUUGAU